AUGGCAAGCGAAGAUUCCAAGUCGUUUGGUUCAUCAUUUUCGCACUACUUUCGCACUUAUUCUACUGUCAAAAAAAUCAAAGUACAUAAUACAUCUGUUGCAAUACUCCAUCGUAUACUCCAAUUUGUUGUUCUUGCGUAUAUCGCUGUUUAUAUUGUUUGGCUAAAAAAAGGUUAUCAAGAUGUUCAAAUGCCAAGUGGUUCGAGUGUAAUCAAAGUAAAAGGUGUAGCACGCGUUUCAACUGAUAAUUCAAGUUUUAACUCUAAUAAUAUCAAACAAGAUUUAUGGGACACAGCUGAAUAUCUCAUUCCACCUAUUGAAAAUAAUGCUUUUUUCAUUGCUACUCGAAAAACAGUUACUUACGAUCAAACGUUAAGUACAUGUCCAAGUGGUGGACUUAUUGAAAUUCAACAGAAGUGGAAAUGUAAUUUCGAUUCUCUUGAAGUAGAAAAAGAAUGCUUUCCGACUUUUACCUUCAAUUUAUUACAAAGUGGUAGUGAUGAACGGUCUCCAGGUAUUAACUAUCGGUUUGCUGAGAAAUACAGUGUGAACGGCAUAAAAUAUCGAACAUUGACGAAAAUCUAUGGACUUCGUUUUAUUAUAGCAAUUAGAGGUAAAGGAAGACAAUUUGAUAUUGUUCAUUUAUUCGUCGCGAUUGGAUCUGGUCUUGGUUAUAUGAUAAUAGGAGAAAUAAUAUGUGAAUUUAUUUUCUUAAAGUUUCAUAAAUAUCGAAACGAAUAUCGUCGAAUUAAAACUAAACGAUAUCAUUUAAAUCAAUCAAAGAAAUGUGAUGAUUCAACAAAAGUUGUAUAA